AUGCCACCACGAUCAAGAACCCGCCAACAACCCGUCCGGGAACCGUCGCCGUCGCCGUCGCCGGUUGUCUCGGAAAACGAGUCAAUUGAAGAGACCAUUUCCCAGGGUGAAGGGGACGAUUACGAGAACUUGGACGACGACCAGGAACCAACACUUGAGAGCGCAAUGCCGGAAUCGUCAAUCGAAGGUCUAAAGGAAAUUGGCAAUCUUGCCUGUUGGACUGUCUCCUCUGCGAAGCCUGGCAACGGAGUCGAGCAGUUGCGGGAUGAGAAUACGAAUUUGUUCUGGCAAUCUGAUGGACCGCAACCGCACACUAUUAACAUUCACUUCGCGAAACGGGUCUUCGUCAGGAAGAUUAGGAUGUACCUCGACUUUGAAAACGACGAAUCCUACACCCCUACCCGCAUGUCUAUUCUCUCAGGGACGGGGUACCACGAUUUGCAGGAGGUUACAACUAUGAAUUUCGAGCAACCUAGUGGGUGGAUUAAUGUCCCCCUUGACGGGGUGCAUGAGGAUUUAAAAAGCGGUCGCUUGAGGACAUUCCUCAUACAGGUAUGCAUCCAUGCGAAUCAUCAGAAUGGUAAAGAUACGCAUGUUCGUGGGUUGCAGAUUUUCUCUGAUGAGCCGUCGAGCUUCAACCCUGAUGAAGUGCCUUUUACCUCUAAGAAGGUGUUUGCGGAACUAGAGUUGCGUUAG